AUGCGAAUUGCGAAUGACUUUACUCAAGGGUAUACCUUCUGGGUUUAUGUACAAGUUAAGGGUGCGGGUAUUUUGAGGCGGGGUGUCUACGAUGAAGUAUUGGGGGAUUUCCUGGUUCCUAUGUUUAAUUCUUCUCUUUUAAUUGCUAUCCGCAAGGAUUCAUGUCUAGAUCGUUACCUUUGCAUUGUACUGCCAUUAGCGUCAGAUGAAACCGGGAAUAACUUCGAGUUACUGUUGAUAAUAUUAAGCUGGUCUGCUAUGCACUGGUCCAAGUUAUUUUUGCUUCACACUACCAUCUUCUGA